GGGGACUGGAUUACCUGGUGCUGAACCACAUUGGCGUGACCCGUUUCCAGAUGUGGGCUGGAGACGUGGAAUACACCCGCUGGCUCAUGCAGGUGAAUUUCUUCAGUUACGUGGCGCUCGCAACAGCAGCUCUUCCCACCCUGGAGCAGAAUAAAGGCUCUCUGGUGGUUGUUUCUUCCCUCACAGGGAAAAUACCCACUCCCUUCACCACUUCUUACUCCGCCACCAAGUUUGCGCUGGACGGAUUCUUCAGCUCGCUGCGCCACGAACUCAUCAUGCAGCAGAGAAACGUCUCGAUCACGCUGUGCAUCCUGGGCCUGAUCGACACCGCCACGGCGCUGGAGAACAUCAGGGGCAAAGUGCAUCUCAGUGCUGCUCCUGCUCCCGAGGCUGCGCUCGCCAUCAUCUCCGGGGGUGCCACGCGGGUGCAGGAGGUUUUCUACCCGUGGUGGCUGCAGCACGUGUGCUGCCUCUGGGUUCUCUGCCCCAAUGACCAGGUUCUACAGAGUUACUACAACUACAGCAGCCCCUAA